AGUCGAUCCUGUCUUAUAGCGCGUGUAUUUGGCGGUCAAGUGCGCGAUUUGUUUAAAAAUGCCCGUAACUGAAAGCAUCGGCAGACGUCAGGAUAUCCCUAUUUUGUAUACAAGAGGAACUCAUUAUGAAGUAGGAUUUAAUACUGGAAGAACGUUUUCCGGCCUAAUCCACAGCUUCGUAACUGGGAACACAGCAUUAGAAGAGGAUCUAUUACCCGCUUACAACACACCUGAAGGCAAAAAGGCAUAUGACGACACUCUUGCUUCAGUAAAAAAGAAUUUUCCUCAGUAUGUCAGGGAGUUGGAAGGAAUUGCUGAAGGGGCAAAUGUGCCAUUCUUUAAGUUGUUCCUGUUCCACAUGGAUGACAUAAUGGCUUUAGCUAUUAAUGAAGAACCAAAAGUACAACAGCCUGUUGGUUGCAGCUCGAUUUGUGUUAAUCAAAAAGGUCAGGAAAUACUAGGACAUACCGAGGAUGCGCUAAGCGACACUCUAAACCAUAUUUAUUUCGUAUCGGCUCACAUAAUUCCUGAGAAACUUGAAGGAAAGUGGCAAUUUAAAGAAGAGAAAUUUACUUCUUUAUGCUAUGCCGGACAUUUGCCUGGUUACACAAUGAGUUAUAAUCAUCACGGUUUGAUAUUUACGAUAAAUACUUUAAGCGUUAAACAUACCAGACCUGGAAAGACACCAAGGAUGUUCAUUACAAGAGCUCUCCUAGGCGCUGAGAACUUUGUGCAAGCCCAAGAUAUUUUACGAGAUCGAGGAUGUGGUGCAGGAAAUGGCUGUUCCAUUAACAUGACGUUUUUAAAACAAGAGGGCGAUAGAAUGUUUCAUAAUGCGGAGAUGGCUCCAUCAGACAAAGAUGAAUCUCAAUUAAAUAUUUUUACUGCUAGUCCGGGAGAAUGUAUUAUGCAUACCAAUAAGUAUCUACGAUUAAACGUUAAGGAAACUAACGAAAAUAUGACAAAGAGUAGCAUAAACCGUAUGGCUACGUUAACCAAAUAUCCUGCACCAAAGAAAAAAGAAGAUGUGACCACGAUGUUGGGAGACAAUAAACAUUCAGAAUUUCCUGUAUUUGUUGAUUAUCCUGGUAGCUAUGUGAAAACUGUAGCCGUUGGUAUUUUUGACUGCAACGCCAAAACUUGGAGCAUCUAUUCAGAUAACCCAUCGAAAAAUGAACCAAUUGUGGUACUUCCUUUAGUACUUAAAGAAAAUAAAUAGAUUUAAUUUAAUAUAUCAUUGUUCCCAUAUGACAUAAAUAAUAUAAUAUAUAAUAAAUAUAAUACCUAAAUGUUGGUUGUUUUUCUGUUAAUUUUAUUUGUACUAUCUUAAAUAUGUAUUUUUCUUAUAUUAUUACCAACAAACUUCAAUAAAAAAUAAAGAGAUUAAAUUGG